GUCCUGGGACCAAGCCCACUCAAGGAAGCCCGCACCCUAUAUAAGGAGGCCUAACCCUCCAAACUAGGGAUCUUCUCUUCUCCCUUCCUCACUUUCCCCUAAGGUCUCUCUCUCUACUUUAUCUCUCUACAUACCAUACACUCUCAUAUAUCGUACUAACUUGGGCGUCGGAGCGUAGAUCCCGGGGGCCGCCCCCGCCUCACAGGUUCUUCCACUCCCGAGGUGAUCAGACGAGGGAGUCCAGAUCAGAGCCCCAUAACCGCCUAGUACAUUCUAAGCUCAAACACUUGUUGCCACAAGAAUUUGGCAAACUUUUUCCUUUUGAAAUAUUCCAGGAUUUACCUGGUAAAACAACUUUAUUGGUUUGGAUAAUAGGCAUAGAUGUCCUUGAAACGCUUCCCCGCCAGUUGGUAUGUGAUGCAAUCCUGGCUCUGAGUUUCCUACUAGUGACACCUCCAGAGUUUCUAAGAACUCUCUCAACGACAACACUCUCUCCCUUGAUGCAGAAGAGCUCCACCAAUUCAGCACUAUUGAGCAAGUGAUGCAUUCUAGCAUCCCAGUCCGGGUUUUGGUAAAAAUCCUCCCAAUCUAGCUCUCAUUGAGUCUCCUACUCAAACUUUAUCCUACUUCUUGACCUUUCUCCUUUGUGUGCUAGGUGUGAAUUGCAGCAAUGGAUGAAGAAUAAGCGCUGGUGGCUCGUCAUUGAGGCUAGGGGUGGGCAACGGGACGGGACGGGAUACCCGUCCCGUUUUAAACGGGUACCCAGUCCCGUUUGGAGACCAAAGUCCAUCCCAUAUCCCAAACCCAUAUGGGAAACGGGUACCCAUUUCCCGUACGCGACGGAUAACGGGUACCCAUACUACCCAUAAAUACCCAAAGUUUAAACCACUAAAAUUUUAAGAAAAAGCUUAAACUUGUAUUUGCUUAACAAUCACAAGACACAAAAUACAUCCCAAUCACAAAUACUCGGUUUGCAAAUAACACAUUCAUGAACAAUCACAACACAUAGAAAUAAAUCAUUCCAAGCACCAAAUUAUCAAAUAAGAAGUUUCAUUCAACACAACAAAAUGGGAGGCAUGCUGCUACUUUUCUUGUGUUGUUGAAUGCAGAAAGUGUCCAAAUUUUUAGGUUAAUGGGAAGCUAAAAUCUAUAGCAGAGAAGCUGCGUCUCACUGAAAGGGUAAGGGCCCUGGGCCCAAAUGGCAAAUGGAAUUGAAAUUGCAAGGGUGAGGGCCAAAAUGACCAGGGUUCUGAAUGGGGCUGGACUGCCUUUGUAUUAAAUGGGUAUAACGAGUACCCAUAUUACCCAAACGGGUAUUCGAGGGUAACCCGCGGGUACCCAUAUUAGGAAUGUACAACCCCAAGUCCCAUCCGUUUAUAAUAUUACGGGUAAUAUGGGUACCCGUAACCCUUAAAAAAGGGACGGGUACGGGUAUACCCAAAUACCCGUUUCCCGUUGCCCACCCCUAAUUGAGGCUAUAGCUAAAAUGCCUGAUAUGCAAAAUUCGUGAAGGAAAUUCUAGCCAAAAAGAAAAGGCUAGGUACAUAUAGUCAUGCACCUGGGUUCAAAUGCUAAGUCAUACUGAAGUAUAGAAGACUUCCAAAAAGACUUCGAGGCAGUGGCGUAGCCUGAUUUUGAAUGGACGGGGGUCCUUAAAAAUUUUGAAUUGAUUGAGGUUUUUACGUGAGGAGCGAAAGUGCGGGGUCCUAUCUUUCAAGAAUCAUGCUAAAAUGCAUAUAUUUAAAGGAUUUUGACACCCAAAUUUUUGUUAAGUGGGGUCCUAGGACCCCCCUCCUCAAAGCCUCCCUCCGCCACUGCUUCGAGGUCCAGGAGUUUCACUUUACCGUGCACUAUUGGUACCUUUGAAGUUCCUCGAAUCCUAGUCGAUUAUGGUGCUCGUAUUAAUGUGAUGCCAUAUUGCAUGUUUAAGAAACUAAAUUUAGGAAAUCUUUGACCCAUUCGUAUGACAAUUCAGUUAGCAUAAAAAUGGAGGAUGUUGUGGUAGAUGUAAGAUCAUUUACAUUAACCGUUGAUUUUAUAGCUAUGGAUACUAAUGGAUCCUAUGCUCCUUGAUACUUGAUCAUCCAUUCUUAGCAACUGUACAAGUGCUAGUUGACAUGCAUGGAGCCUGUUCAUAUAAAAGGGAAUGGAGCCUGUUCAUAUAAAAGAAGAAAAAUAGAUAAUGAUAACAUUAUGCAUGCUAAUCCCAUAGAAUUAUUGUAUUCAAUAACUGCAUGUGUUUAUGAUGAUUCGCUUCAUGUACGCUUAGUUUCAGGUUGCGAUGAAGAAGGAGAUGGGUAGAGAAAGCAUCCCAACGAGAAUAUUUGAAAGGUGAAGGAUAUGUACCAAAAGAAGAUGAAUAGUUGGUCAAUUUAGAACAAUCGCGAUCUUUAAAACAUCUUAAUAAGAAAAUUCCUUAUCUUGGAACUCAAACGAUUCCAAAUUAUUGAUGAUGAUUAUUUUUCUUUGACUCCAAAGCAGAAGAAAUAUCUGGUGUUUCUGCUUCGAAAGCACCAGAAAUCUAUCGCAUGGAAAGUCACUGACAUACAAUGGAUUGAUCCUUCCUACUCCACUCAUAACAUCCUUAUGGAGAUGAGAAAUAAUAGUAUAGCCUUACAGACGACGAAAGCCUCAUUUGUAGGAAGUCGUUAAAAAUGAGCUUCUUAAACUGCUAGGUAGGAGUGUGCAUGGGUCGGGUGGUCCGGGGUUCGCCAUUUUAAUCACCCGACCUAUGCACUACGGUUUGAGAAAUAUUAAACCCAAACCCACCUAAAAAAAUUAAAAUCCUACGGUUUGUUUCUAACUGGGUUGGGUCGGGUUGGCGAUAUUUUUAAGUAAAGACCCAACCCAACACAAAAUAUGUAAUUAUUCUACACCAUAAAGAUAUUUUAUAACUAAUUAAAGUUUCAAACGAAUAAACCGAGGUGAAAGAUAUCAAAAUUCACAAAUAUUGUUUAAAUUUUAAUAAAAUGUGAUUUACUUCCACAUAUGUCUAGUUUUUUUUCCCACUAUAUUUGUUGAAAUAGGCUAAAAAUGUUAUAAACGAACGCAUCCAUAAUAUGUUAUUCUAUUAAAAUUGUACACAAGAAAAAAAAUUACGUGAAUCAUAGCUAUAUUAAAUCUAUGUCUAAACUUUAAGCCGAAGAAUGCAUUAGAUUAAGGAGACCAAGUGAGAAAAACAUGGCGGAAUAUCUUAAUUUUCUCAUAAGUAUGGUUAUAUACGACAUAAAUUUUUUUUGGAUACAAAUUCAUACCAAUAGUGGGAACACAGGUUGGGUCAGGUUCUACGGGUUGUGUAAUCCAAAAUCCAAACCCAACAGAAAAAAUGCGGGUUGUACAAAAUAAAAUCCUCACCCAACCCAAAACCUUAACUUUAGCUAUAUAUACGGGUGGGUUGGACGGGUGGAUCGGUUUGCGGGUGUGUUUGCGGGGUCUCCUCUUUUAUUCUUGCUCCUAACGGUCGAGCCCUAAUGUCCCGCAGUGCUCCUUAGUGGUUCUCUAGCUUGCUUUAACCUGAAAAUGCACAAAACGCUAUUAAAUCAUAUAAUAAUAAUAAUAAUAAUAAUAAUAAAAGCAGUCUUAGAGCUACUAAAAUACACUUUGAGCUAUCAAUGCUCUUUAGGUCAUAAUAUGAGGGUCUAAAUAACAUAUUUUAUGUGUCAUCAUAGUUCUUUAAGGUACUCAUGGCUUUGCUCCCAAUCCCUAACCUAGGGUUUGAGAUGCAAUUGAAUGUGUAUCGUUAAUUUAUGAUUAAUUAAUGUUUACCUAGCGUUAUUAAUGGCUCUAUUUGAGUUUGGGUGUGUGAAUACAUGUAUAACAUGAUCUAGCCUGAGUCAAAUUAGGUACACUCUUGGUUGUAUGUGUAUUGAUAUGGAGUCCUAGUUGGUGGACUUGGUGACCAUCCCCUGCCAACUAGAAGCUCACCUAGGUAAUGGUCAGGACACAAGUGCGUGACCAUCGACUUGUAGAAUUUGUGUGCGAAUGGGUAGAACUAGUUUAGAGGAGGUAAAACAUAACUCUUAGUCAUGGAAGUCGGUUGUGGUGACAUUGGGUCAGUGGAUGUGGCUAGGAGGGUGAGACAUGGCCAUUGCACCGACCCCCAAUUUUAGUUACCUCUACACCACAACUACCAUAGAUUCUUUACUUGUCAAUUGCAUAUUUUCCUGUCAUUAGGGUGUGGGUAGCUUGCCCCGAGUAUCGUUUUCUCUUUUAUUGUUUCUAGUGACAAGUAGUUCCUUAAUACCAAAACCAAACAAUUGUCGAGUACAUAAUAGUCUAGCUUAACAAGAAUAGGGUAGGGUAUCACGGAUCCUAGGAAAAUAUGACUGAACCUCUAUAUUGCAAGUCUAACAAUGAUAUACUUAUCAUUGUUAGGGUUAUGAGUUAGUGUGCAUCAUUUUUAUUACUCUAUCUCACACUGGUGGAAUCAAGUUUUUGAUACUGUUGUUAGAAAUUUUACUGAUAACUAGCUGGAGUUAAGCUUGAUUGUUAAUCUAGUAUGGCUUUAUUGCUUUUAUUUUAUGCUUAUAUGGUUACUUUGUUUGUUUCACUGUCGCAUCACGAGUGUUUUUGAGCUUUUGUGUUAACUAUUCUUGCAUGCAAAGACGGGUUCCAAUCAAUCUCAUGCCACUUGAUACUGAGAUUGAACGGACCCUCAUAACUCUUAGUAGAACUCUCCAACAAGAGAACGACAACAUUAUGACGAAACAACAACAGCAACAACCUCAACCACAAUCGAGAGUUUCUCCAAGGACUAUUGGAUCCUACACUCACUCAAGUGUAGAUGAUGUGCAGUUGCCUAUCCUUCUCUCCUCCAAUCCCAAAUAACAAUUUCAAGAUCAAGACGUGAAUGAUUUCUAUGAUUCAGAACUUUAUAGAACUCUAUGGGUUGACAAAUCGAGUGUUUACUAAUUUCUGUCACAGUAUUUGGGACAACUUUUUCCACGUAUAUAGAUUAAUCUUUUACCAAUUUCUUGAUCGGGCAACCUUGCUAAUUUUGCGGUUGUUUUUCACUUUUCAUUUUUUCUCGAGCUUUCAAAUCGUCACUUUACAUAAGACGAAGGCAACUGUCUCUCUCCUCUCUCUCUCUCCCCUUUCUCGUUCCCUCGCUCUCUUCUGUAUUUUGUCUCUCUUUAUUGGUUACUUCAGAAAUUAGGGUUUUUUCUUUUUGGGAGAAUUGAAAUGCGGUGAGCCAUGGAGGAACCUGAAUCAGCCAAUUCCAUUUCUGAUCCCAGUGGAGCCAGCCUCCUCGAGAUUCAAUCUCCCUCGCCCUUAGCCCCUGUUCAGGAUCCAGAUCCUCAACCCUCCUCAUGUGAGCAUGUUCCUCUUGAUCACGCCGCUGACAAGGAUGAAGAGCAGCUGGAGCAGCUCCAUCAGCUCGUUGGGAAGCAGCUGCAGCUGAAGCAGCCUCUCGGCGAAGAGGAGGGGGUGGUGGUGCUGGAAACUGAGAGAGAUUCGAGCCAGUUAAAUGGCCGAAGAGAGGUUGAGGAGCAGUCGGUGGAGCAACAUACCAAUGGAGAGAGUGAUGUCCUUGAAGAACCAAAUGUUCGGAAUAUGAACGAGGACGCUGAGACGCUGGAGGAGAAUGAAGGAGACGAGGAGUGGAAGCAGACAAAAAGUAAUGGCGGUGGGAUGAUUAGGCAUCACCAGUUUCCGGUGAGGCCUGAAGCCGAAGACUGCUCUUACUAUAUGAAGACAGGGAAUUGCAGAUUCGCCUCCAACUGCAAAUUUAAUCACCCGGCUAAGCAGAAAACCCAGGUGAUGAGGGAAAGAAUGGGGGAGAAAGAAGAAUCAGCAGAGAGACCAGAGCAGAUUGAAUGCAAGGUUAUUUGUUGCCUUCAUAUAAUCUGAUUAUUGUGUGUGUACGUUUUCCUUUUCAUGGUGCUGCUUUUCUAGAUAUUCCGUUUGCAUAAUUGUAGUAUUAGUAACUCAUGAGGCUGGUACUUUUGGCCUGAGUGUCUUCUCGAGCAGGAUGUGAUGGUUAUUUCAGUAGUACGUUAUCUGCGUUAGUUUAGCUAUGGAUAAAAUUCGCUAUUACAA